AUGCCUGAGGUGGUGGCUGUGGCUAAGGUUGGUGCAUGCCGCAAGGUGUCAAAGCAGUCGCUGACGAAAGUCAUCAAGAAACCACCCAAGAAGUGGAAGAAAUCUCGCGAGCAGAGCUAUUCCACUUACAGGCUCAUUGCCUCUGAGACUUCGCACCUCAUUCACUACAACAAGUGCCACACCAUCUUGGCCAGAGAGAUCCAGAGCGCCGUCCUCCUCAUGCUGCCAGGGAUACUGGCCAAAUGCGCCACCUCUGAAGGCAGAAAAGCAGUCACCAAAUACACCAACUCCAUUUAG